AUGACCGGCAUUCACAUUAAAAAUUCAGAUUCGUGGUUCGUGGUUUGCACGUCACACGUCGACAUACAAGAUUCGUCAUUGCUGCCGUCACGGUAAGGUCUUCUUGUGUACAUCCAUCACCGCACCCUUGACGCCGCGAUCUCAGUUGAGUCUACACGCUGUUCCCUUAUCCGGCCUAGCCACACACAGCACCCAGCAUCGUCCUUCUUUUCACCGAGACCUGCUUGGUCAAACAAUUGUCUCAUCAGACUAGUCUCCCAGAGUAUCGUCCUCUACUUCUUGGAGGCUCUCUAUCCAUCUUAG